AUAAAACAGAAUAACACUCGUUGAUAUAUAUGUGUGUGUGGAUUUAGUACUUUAAAAACGGGAAUGAAUACGGUUAGUUAACUUCAGACAUGACAGUGUCUAACUUGUGUCAUUUGCUAAAAAGCAUCGUCGUCAUCUAAGUUAACGUGAGCUAACUGGAUAGAAUUUCCUACUUCUGAUGGAGGAGAACAUGAGCGUGGAGAACACUGAAGAAGUGAAGGUGCUGGAGGCUCAGAUCAAGCGUCUCCAGGCUGAAGUUGCAGUAUUGCAGCACCAACAGCAGGAAAACCACAAAGACAUGACGAUACAGUUCAGGGACAAAUGCAAGGAUGCGCUGUCGUAUAUAUGCGGAAAGAGACAAAAAGGAUUGAAGGAGGAGGUGCUGUCCAAGCUGAAAGAGGAGGUGGAGGAGCUGGAGGAGGAUCUGCAGCGACAGACGCAGAUGAAUGGCAUCAGUCUGAACAGUUGCACCACAAAGACUCUGCAAAGCAGUGGCAGUAAGCUGGUCCAGCAGCUCUGUGUGUCAGGUCACUGCUCUGAGCUGGUCUUCCAGGUGGAGUUUCAGCUCUCUGAGGUCAAGGAAGGUCAGAGAUCUGAGAGGACAAUCAGCAGUCUCAACGUGGUGAUGGAUGCCAGCGACCUGCAGAACUUCAGCAGCUUCCUUUCUGAGGUGGAGGAGAGCAAGGAUCUUCUGCUGUUCUUCAGGACUCUAAGGGCUUUCUCAGACAGAUGUGAUGACCGGCGCAGAACCUUCCAGCACUUCCAGGACAAGUAUCCAUCUGUCGUCUCUCUUCCUGGAGGCUGCAGGUCAGAGGUCAUGACCCUGCAUCAUCCCGAGCUUCCUGGCUGCGUCUUAUCGAUUCAUUGGUCAGUUGAGGUUUCCAGAGAGGGCGGAGUCACUCCGAAGAUCGACCUGCUGACAAAGAUCCCAGAAAAAGCGCUGCAGUUGUUUCCCUCUCAGGCUGUAGGCGGCGCUGCUGAGGCCUUUCAGAGCCUGCUGAGGAUUCUGGGACCUGAGGCUGCCGUGGAGUCCAUCAUCAGGGCAGUCAGCCUUUCACAAGACACAUAACUCACAUCCAGGACCUUUUUAUAUUAUUUAAAACAUGUCAGAUCUGAGCUGUUUUUAUGUUCUUUUCUGUGAAAUAAAGUAAACACACAGCGACGGUUUAGUCUCUUAGAAAUCCUUUAUUCAAUAGAAAGAGCUCGACUGUGACGGCUGUAACAGCAGAGCUCAUUGGUCAAAAUCUACAAAAAUAAAUAAUUUAAAUACAAAAUGCCAGACAGCAGUGUCGCCUUUGUAUUUUCAAAUAGUUUUCUUCUCUUAACUAUUUACACACACGCAGUUAUUAGAAGUCUGUAGGUAUCACAGUGCUGUGAUGUUUCUGCAGGCCGACGCUCAGGCAGCAGGCGGAGGCAGAGGACCGCCGACCCACCGACCAAUCAGACUCCAGCUCACCCGUCUGAGCUUUGUCUCGCCGUGAGGACACAGAGGUCUGGACAAACUCAACUCUGAUUGGCUGAAGAGAACAGGAGGGUAGAGGGUUUUCUUUAUAUUGGUUCUUAAGGUGGUUCUGUAAUCUUUAAGAUUAUCAGCUCCAUGUAAUCAAGUUUUCUGUUUGUGCCUCGUAUGUGCAGUAUUAUCUUUACUUUUACGAGGUCAUUUAACAACACUUGAAUAUUUCCAGAAUCCUUUAAGACUCUUCGUUUAUCUGGAUUAAAAAAAUAUUCCGUCUGCUGCUCGAUACAAAAGAUUUUUAACCCUUUUCCCAAUUUGCAGUUUUGCAGUCAAACAUGAACAGUGAAACUAAAAGUAACGAGUUUUAUCAUCAGAUGUAUUAAACGAUAUGAAUGUUUUUAUUCAUUAUCAUUAAUAACAAGUUGAAGUGUUUCUGGCUUCCCUUGUUGGGAAUCACAACUUGGAAAAACAACUUGGAAAAAUACCUUCAGAGCUGUUAGUUAAAGCUGUUAAACGACCUUCAGGGUUUAUGAAAGCUUGUCAGGGAUUUAACUUUCAGAAAAAAAAACAGAUGCUUACGUCGCCUUCGUGUCAUCUGGGAGUUACUGUAACAAAGAUAAAAACACAGCGGUGCAGCACUGUCAAAUCCUGAUGUUUAUUUUAUUCUAGACAUGACAACAUUUAAAACCUGAGGAUGAAUGUUUGAGGUUGAAACGUUGUCACGUCCAUGUAGAGGAGAAAAAAAAGUUAAAAUGUGGAUGAGAGCGUUGUGCGGGUUUAUUUUAAGUCUUUUUGGGGCUGAAUAUUGUUCCUCUUGUAAAGACCGUUUACAUAGAAAUUGGGAUUACAGCCGGGAAACUUAAAUAAAUAAGGCAGCUAAAUACAGAUACCUCACAUCAUGUAAGUCUGUUGUUCAAGUAACUGAAUGUUUAGUUAUAGUGUUGUUAACUCUCCAACAACCAACUGACUUCUGAUGACGAGAAGCAGCGACUCCACAUGACGUAAACGCAGCUCUUUAACUUAAAUGUAACAAAAGGUCGAAUGACGUUUCACUGAAUAACUUGAGUUCAGACGUAGUUGUAACAUUUUUGAUCUAAUGCCUCGGUAUGAAGCUGUUGGAAAUUUAAAAAUGAAUCAAACCAAAAUACUUUUUAACAUCAAACUGUGUGUUUUAAAGUGUCCAGACCUCUGAUGUCUCACACAAACUCCCAUCAGCCCCUGCUGCCUCGUCCUGCCGCCUGUUGCACCUUCAGUUCAACAGUUAGAACGAUCAGUGGUUGGUUCAGUUCACUGGUGUCCACUCUGCAACCUUUCACCCUGCGGGGGGUCAAUCUAUCCACCUACCCCACAGUGUCACAGCUCCUCCGUCUCCCAGGCAACCAGGCAUCAAACAUGGCCGGCUAGAUGUCAGUUAAUAUGGGUAGAGACGUGAUUGGUCAGAGGUCAUUCAGUCCAGAGUAACAAAGGUUGGAGUGACGUCUGUCCGUGUUUAAAACCUUUUUAGCGUUUGGAUUGAUCAACUUUAACUACUGACCACGUCUGUUAUAAGCGAGACAUAUGAUUGGCUGCUGCUCGGCCAAUUUCACAGCGAUGUUGACCUCCUGCCGUUAAACGAGGCAGCAGCCGUUCAUCAUCAGCAGCUGAUGAUGAUGAUUUUCCAAAAAACGAGCCUGACGCUGGGAGAUCAGAGCGGAGUUUGAAGGAGUUUCAGUCUUGUAGUGUGAUUUGUUUUCAGACGUUUGAUUGGCUGAUGGAGGUUGGAGAGUGGACACUGUAAACAGAGGAACUGAAGUCAAGUGUUACCAGUUUAUCUGAAGCCUCCGAGAGCGCCGCUGGUUUCAGAGGACGAUGACAUCACCAGGAGAGGAAGCCACAGGUCGUACAGUUUGUAUCAAACGGCAGAAAGACCUCCGACACGCCAAGAUCUGAAUCUCAACAGACUCAAGUCCUGAAAAAACUGGCGACGCUCAUCUGCUGAUGGUGACGUCACCGUCCUCAGAAACGUCCCGGCGCUCCUGACCACAUAGUUUUUCAAACAUCAGACGACCCCGCUGAGCUUCGGGUCGGGUCGUCGGGGGUUCGAGGUAUUGAGAGUUUACGGCUGCGUCCACAGCAGCUCCGAAACCAAACUGACGAGCCAUCUGUCUCUGAUCUGAGCUGUGAACGCAGCCUGUAACAAAGUGAGUUUUUUUUUUCCAACACACACACACACGCACACGCGCACACACUAACACACA